UACUUUUUCCGCCUGGGAGUAAGAUGGCGGCGGUGGUCGCCCUGAGGCGCUCUUGCAGGGCUGCGGCGGAGCGCCUGUUCUGUAUUCCUCAUACUAGACCAUACAGUAGCAUUCGUUUGGUGAAGGCAAGAUACAUUUAUGGGUUUGACAAAUCUGCAUGGAGGCAUCGACACCAGUGCCGGUUAUUCAGAACAACUCCUGUUUCAAGUGGUCAAAUUGUCCAGUUCAAACUCUCUGAUAUUGGAGAAGGAAUCACUGAGGUGACUGUAAAAGAAUGGUAUGUUAAAGAAGGUGAUGUCGUAUCACAGUUUGACAGCAUCUGUGAAGUACAAAGUGAUAAAGCCUCUGUCACUAUCACGAGCCGCUAUGAUGGAAUCAUUAGAAAACUCCAUUAUGAAUUAGAUGCAAUUGCCCAUGUGGGGAAACCACUGGUGGAUAUAGAAACAGCUAUUGUGAAAGAUGUUGCUCCUGAAGAGGAUGUUGUGGAAACACCUGCUGUGUCACAUGAAGAACAGACUCACCAGGAGAUUAAAGGCCACAAAACCUUGGCAACCCCUGCAGUUCGCCGCCUUGCCAUGGAAAACAAUAUUAAAUUGAGUGAAGUUGUUGGAACAGGGAAGGAUAACCGUAUCCUCAAAGAAGACAUUCUCAAUUAUUUGGCCAAACAGACAGGCGCUAUUUUACCUCUGUCACCAAAGCCUGAAAUAAUCCCACCUCCACGAAAAAUGGACCUUGCAGCAGACUCAUCAAAGGAGAAGGCAUCUAGGAUUCCUAUGCCAGUUUCCAAACCUGUAGUACUUUCAGGGAAAGAUAAAACAGUGGCCUUAUCAGGAUUCCAGAAGGUAAUGGUGAAAACCAUGACUGCUGCUUUGAAGAUUCCUCACUUCGGUUAUUGUGAUGAGGUCAAUCUUACUCAGCUCAUCCAACUGAGAGAAGAGUUGAAACCUGUAGCCCAAGAACGGGGAGUUAACCUCACUUUCAUGCCCUUCUUUUUAAAGGCUGCUUCUUUAGGCUUAUUACAAUACCCUAUUCUUAAUGCUUCUGUGGAUGAAAAUUGCCAAAACAUCACAUACAAGGCUUCUCACAACAUUGGAGUUGCUAUGGAUACAGGACAAGGCUUGGUUGUCCCGAAUGUGAAAAAUGUUGAGGCUCGUAGUGUGUUUGAGGUUGCUUCAGAAUUAAACCGCCUACAAAAUUUGGGAACUACUAACCAGCUGGGAACAAGUGAUCUCACAGGGGGUACUUUCACACUUUCCAACAUCGGCACAAUUGGUGGUACAUAUGCUAAGCCAGUGAUAUUACCUCCUGAAGUAGCUAUUGGUGCUCUUGGAAAAAUACAGAUUGUCCCUCGAUUUAAUGGUAAAGGUGAAAUAGUUAAAGCACAAAUCAUGAAUGUGAGCUGGUCAGCGGAUCACAGAAUCAUUGAUGGUGCAACCAUGUCCCGUUUUUCUAAUUUGUGGAAAUCAUAUUUGGAAAAUCCUGCUUCCAUGCUGCUGGAUCUUAAAUAAAGAAGACAAAUGCCUAGACUCAGUUUUUAACGUGGAACUGCUAUCAAGCUAGCGCUGCUAGCAUGUGCCCUUAAGAACUACGUUUCCUAAUUCACAAUUACAUUGUGUAACAGCUAGGCCUUUCGGACAGUGGCCACUGCAUUGAUUACCUGUUACAUUCUGUCUAGUUGAGUAGCUUGGUGGUAAAUUAUUUGGUGAAAGGUUGUCAUAGGUCAUGGUAUGACUCCGUGUUAAGGCAGUGGGAAAUGUAUGGUGGUUAAAGUGCCAUAUACUGACAUUACCAGAAGGCUACUGAAGUUGCUUCUAAGAUUUCUGGUUAAAACUGCUUGUGCUAUACACAAAAUAAAUUAUGUUGAAACUUGUUCCUAAUGAAAAAUAAGAGUUUGUGUCUGAAAAAAAAAACCUAGCAGGGUUGCCAAAUUUCUAAUGUAUCUAAUGCACAUAAGAUGCCUUUUAUGCUUCUUUUAUUAAAUAUUUUGGGGGUGGCCUUGGUUAAUGGUGCUUCUUUCUUUUUCUUUUUUAAAAAGUCCUUUUCACCUAAAAUGGUACACAGGUGUCUACAGUUACUGAAAUUAACAAGUACACACCAUGUAGCAUGCAUGCCCACAAUGUUUCCUGUUUGGAAGGAGAAGCUGUAAAUCUCAUAUAUAGUGUCACAUGCAUUUGAAAAAUAAGAGUAUGGCUCUCAGGUCUUACAAGGGACACUACAGAUGCCUAUAAUAUAUAGACAGAUAUUUGGUACUUCUGUAAUGUGUGAAGCUGCUCCUAAUGGAGAGAUCUUUGCAUUCUUCAACAACAGUUUAGAAGAUCUGUAGGUCACACAGAUGUAACUUGACUGAGGAGUCAAAAUGAAUAGCCUUUUCUUAAGAUGUUUUAAAGAAUGGAUUUCUAAAGGAUGUCAAGUGCCAAGUUAAAUGUGGAUAAUUCUUGAUGCUAGAUAAAUGAGAUGCAAUUGAUAUUCGUUAUGAAAUGCAAUGGAUGUCACAAUGCUUUUGAAUGGGUAAUUUUCAUGACACAUUGCUGUUUCCAUGUACUGUUGUGAACAAAUGUUAUAUAUGAAGGAAGCUUUCAUGGCAAUCUUCCCUAAUAGAUCCUAUCUAGCUCAUCUCUCUAGCUAUAAUCAUAAUGACACAUUUUCAGACAAAGUAAUUAUGGAAUUUUCUAAUAGCCAAUUCAUAUGCAACAUUGGUCCAGAUAAAUGCACAGCUGGGGAUGGUUGGGGGUCAAAAAGCAACUAAGAGAGAGAAACAAGGGCAUAUGCUGCCUUGAAUAUAGGAAGAGAAAGCUUAAAUAAAAUAAAUUACAUUUUUCAGAAAUUUUCUGAAGAUACAUUGACAUCAAAGUAUGCUAAUUAGUUUCAGAUAAAGGUUUUACACAGCAUGACUGAAGUUCAAACUCCAUUUUGCUGUAUGCACAUAUAUAGAUCAAAUGUAUGAUGCAAACUGGCCUAAGAGUGCAUGAAACCUCAGAUGUAAGAAGACGAAAUGGGUUUCAGACAAAUAAUACACAAUGCACAGCUAUUGGGAGAAUUAAAAUCAAGCAUCCAUCAAAAUCAUAUUAACAAUAUGCUCCAUAGUUACUUAAAAUUAUGCUCUUGUAAUCUUCAUUUUUAAAUAAUUAUAUCCUCUUUUUGAAGGUUUAUUUGGCUGAACUGUAGGUAUGUAAAGAAAAUUAAAUCUUGAUAAAAUAAAAUCUGUGAAAAGGUGAGGUAAAAUAUCGCAAAUUAGAUUGCUUUUCUAUAUUUGUUUCUCCGAGGAACAGGAGGGAGCAAUGGGAAAGGAUACUGCAUGUCUCUUGUGGAACUUUAUAUUAGCUUUUGCUUAUUUUUUUUAAAAAAGAAAGCAUAUGCUAUUUUAACCUUUCUUUUUCAUUGUUUUAUAUUAUUCAAUAAAUCUUUUAUUAUA